UCUGAUCUUCUCAAGGCAGAUGACUUGUUUAACAAUAGAAAAAGCAUCCAAGAAGAACAAGUUGUAACACAUUAAGAACAGGAGCGUGCAUUCAGUCUCAGGUGGAUCACUCGUAUAGAGAUUCUACUCGAAGCUGAAAAAAGUAGAGCAGGGUGACUAUUUCCACCGAGAGUUUGAUCGAGUUGGACGAAGCGAAACACGGCUUGAUGUUGUAACUGAUACGAAGGAGAGCACAUGCAUAGUUAACAUUCACUUCUUGUUUCACAGCAGGAGCCACUGCCUCACUCUCAUGCUCGCGGUGAUUUUAGUACCCCGCAUUUUUUCAUCAUGACAUUGGUACAACUUCAACUUCUACUCCCUCAUUCUUGCCAGGCCUUCUAGGUGUAGCUCUACUGGUGCUGUUGCCUUUUGAUAUGUUGUGGCAGCAUACUUCUGUUUCGUUUUUUCCUGUCGUAAUAUCUUGGAGAAAUAGGAACGAAAAUGAACAUUCCACUCGCAACAAGUGAUCCCCACGUGCCGGUCUAUUGCGGGUCCGAUCUGCUUCGCCGUUUCAUAUCUUGGUGGGCCAUCCUUGUGUUUCAUCCGCUCUACUGGGUCAUUUACGCUAUCGCUUUCACGCAGUAUCUCUUGUUCUUUUCUCCUACGUGGUACGCGCGUGCCGGAACUCUGAUAUAUCUUGGGUACAUAUUUUUUGAUCGCCGGCGCGCAGAUGGAAAGGGUUUCCCUGACUGGAUCUCGCGCCACACAAUACUGCGGAACAAGCGCAGUUUCGUGUGGCGGAUCUGUUGCAGCUACUACCCGUUUAAACUCUGCAAGACGGCAGAAAUAGAUUUAUGUGUCAUCGAAAUCGAAGUAAACAGGUCUUUGAUCGGAAGUGGAAGAAUAAACACGUCCAAUAGCCGCGUCGGCUUUUGAAUCCAAGCCAAGCCAAGCCAAUCUUCGUUCCCCGAAUCCAAGCCACGUAAAUAAAUGUUUGGUGGACUUGUAGACAAGUAGGCAACAAAAAUAUUAAAAAAACUGCUAAUCUGCCAUUCUGUUGACAGAAGACGUAGGAUAUAGGCGCAGCUUUAGAAAAUAUUUAGUAGACGACGUAAGUACUCAAAUCAUUAGUUUCAGUGCGCGUGCAGCCUGUCGUUCUCGCGGUGGCCUUCUGCUCAUCUAAAUAAAGGAGGUGCAAGGCUUCUCUUCGUAACGCAUCCGCAUGGAAUCUUUGGCGUCGCCACACAAGGUCACCUCGGAACUUUCGGAAGUGGUUUCGAUCGUUUGUAUGGCGAGCAACUCGGUGGACGUCUACGGCUGAUCGCACUGGAGGCAUUGUUGUUGAUUCCGUUUUUUAGGGAAGUGAUGUUUGCAUGCGGCGUUCACAGUGCUAGUCGGCAAAGUUUUGCAGCUAUAUUCGCGCAGGGCAACAUCCCUGUACUCAAUGUUGGCGGAGCAGCUGAGAGCCUCAUAUAUCAAAAAAGCGAUGAGGUGGUCGAGAAAGACGAUUAUAGCAAAAGCAAGAACAAAGUAGCAGGAGAUGAAGCUGAAGCUUAUUCUCCUGUCGAAGUCAUGAAGCUGGUUGUGAAGAACAGAAAGGGUUUCAUCAAAGUAGCUAUGCAGGAAGGGGCAGCUCUGGUCCCCUGUAUUGCAUUCGAUGAAAACAAAGCGUAUGCAGUGUAUGCGCCGGCAUCUGGUGGAAUGAUCGAACGAAUCCAACGAACCUUCAAAAAGAAAAUGAAAUUUACGUUUCCUCUCUUCUAUGGGAAUAUCGGACCAUUUCACCCGUUGCGCCAAAAGCAGAGCCUCUACGUUGGCGCUGUGUUGCCAGUGACACCUCCAGUUGUUGGACAAGAACGACCCAGUGCUAGUGGUGGAGAUGAAGCACGACCUUCAUCAGCAGGGCCGCAAAGAUGGACGAAAAUUGCGAAUCCAACACAGGCUGAAAUCGAUGCGAAGCAUGCUGAGUAUCUUGCAGCUCUGCAAAAACUCUUCGACGACUACAAGGACCAUGCAGGACACCCUAACAUGGUCUUGCAAAUAACGGAUGAGUACGGAAAAGGAUAACUACUAAGUCCAGUUGUGGAGGACCAAAGGCCAUAAGUAAGAAACGCAUUUUCUAGUUCUUCGUCUCAAACUUCUACUUCUUGAACAGGAUAUUAUUCAAUUAAGUAUCUUGAACUCCGCGGGAACCAACGUUCUUUGCGUGGAAAUAUGGUGAUCAUUCAGUACAACUAAACACGACAAGACUGAGUCAAUUGUUGGUGUAAAUCUUGAUGCCAUUCUUCGUUCCUUCUGCUGUGCGCGACAACAUGAAAAACUCACAAGAUGUGUUGUGAAGAUUUCCAACAAUAUGUUGCAGUUUUUACCAUGCAUGAUGGACGGGUGAGCCCGUGUACGGUCUUCCGCAAGAUGAUGGUGCCAUAGACUAAAAAGUACCUGUCGUUGUCACUUCACUCCUGAAUCAUGC